AUGCAGCGUCAGGAACAGAGAAUAGCUCCACUGCCUGCCAGUCUGCAGAAUUGCGGCACGGCUGUGUUGGUUGGCAGCGCGAGAGCCCAGCAGCAAUGGGCCACCCUCCAAAACGGGAUCCUGCCGGAUGAACCACCCAGCUGA